UUACAUUUUUUUUUCCCCUCUUCCUCACUCUUAGGUCACUUAGAUGCCCUUCUGAGGGGUCUGGUUUUGGGAAAACUGGGAAAAGCUGGGCACAAGGCAACGUUAGAAGAGGCCCGACGCCGGUUUAAGGACCACGUGGAAGGAAAACACAUCCUGUCAGCUGACCUGAGGAGUCCUGUCUAUGUGACGGUGCUGAAGCACGGGGACAGCUCUACUUUGGACACCAUGCUGAAGCUCCACAAGCAGGCAGACAUGCAGGAGGAGAAGAACAGAAUUGAACGUGUUCUCGGAGCCAUCUCUCAGCCAGAACUGAUUCAAAAAGUUCUCACCUUUGCACUUUCAGAAGAGGUACGUCCCCAGGACACGGUGUCGGUGAUCGGAGGAGUUGCUGGAGGCAGCAAGCAGGGCAGGAAAGCUGCUUGGAAAUUUGUAAGGGACAACUGGGAGGAACUUUAUAACCGAUACCAAGGGGGAUUCUUGAUAUCCAGACUAAUAAAGCUCACAGUGGAUGGAUUUGCAAAUGAUAAAAUGGCUGCAGAAGUGAAGGUAAGAGCCAUUAAUUAAAGAAGUGGUUAAUUAAUCCGUGACAAUCCCCCUGUGAGCACUGAGGGCAGAGCCAGGAGUUUCCA